AGCAUUAUACGUCCCUGAGCAUGGCCAUAUCUCCCCGCCGUUCUCUAUCUAAAGAGAGUAGCCGCUCCCGUUCCAGGUCAUCUGGUAGUAGACGUUAUGAAAGGAGGGGCGAUCCCUCCAGGAGCAGAUCUAGAGAUGCUCCUCCUCCUCCCCGUGGUGGUGGUGAUGUUGGUGCUGGUAGAGGAGCUCGAGACGAUGCGGCUGAUGCUGAGGGCGAGAGCUGCAGUCUGAUAGUCAGGAAUUUGAACUACGACACCUCUCCCCAGCAUGUGAGGAGCCUCUUCAGCAGAUAUGGUGAGAUUAGGGAUGUCUACCUCCCAUUGGACUACAACUCUGGCAGGCCUAGAGGCUUCGGUUUCGUUGAGUUCUGCGAUCCCCGUGAUGUUGUUGAAGCUAAGAAUGCUAUGGAUGGGAAGGUUGUCGACGGCAAUGCUAUUCAAGUUGACAUCGCUCAACGCGGUCGCAAGUCGCCACGUACCAUGAGAAGACUCAUCAGUCGCAGAGGAGGCAAAGGAAAAGGAGGCUAUGGUGGUGGUGGAGGAGGAGGAUAUGGGCGUUCUGAUUAUUAUAAUGGAGGCGGCUACGGUGGCUACAGCCCUCGAAGGCGCAGUGAUGAUGAUUACUAUGGAGGCAGAGGUGGUGGUGGUGGAUAUAGAGAUGAGUAUGGACGUGAUGAUCGUCGGAGUCCUAGGAGGCGUUCGAGGAGUUACAGUCGCGAUAGGCGCUAGAGGGGUAUUUGGAAGGUCUUCGCUUGAAGUCCUGAUGCUCCCUGAGAUGAUGAUAGUAGAUUAUGAUUAUCUCUGAUGAGAUGAGUAGCACCGUUAUAU